CCUCCCGCCACCAUGUCCACCCCCACCGUCACCUCUGAGAUCCCCGUCUCUACCGCCCCUCCCCCCGUCGAUCUGUCUUCCUACGACCCGGUCCAGGCGGAGUUCAUGCUCGAGACCAUCGUCGUCGUUGACAACGACGACAACCCCAUCGGCUACGACACCAAGGUCAACUGCCAUCUCGUCGAGAACAUCGACAAGGGUCUCCUUCACCGCGCCUUCUCGGUCUUCCUCUUUAACGAGAAGAACGAGCUCCUGCUCCAGCGUCGUGCCUCGGAGAAGAUCACCUUCCCCGACCUGUGGACCAACACCUGCUGCUCGCACAUGGCCUACACCAAGGAGGAGCUCGACCAGUCCAACAACCGUGUCGGCGCCAAGCGCGCUGCCCAGCGCAAGCUUGUCCAGGAGCUCGGCAUCACCCCCGAGGCCCUCCCCCUGGAGGACUACCGCUUCCUCACCCGCAUCCACUACAUGGCCCCCUCCGGUGGCCAGUGGGCUGAGCACGAGAUCGACUACAUUCUGAUUGCCAAGCGCGCCGGUGUUGUUGCCAACCCCAACCCCAACGAGAUCAGCGAGACCAAGUACGUCUCCAUGGACGAGCUCAAGGCCAUCCUGGACGAGGACGUCAAGCUGCGCGAGGCCGGCCAGCCCCCUGUUGUCACCCCCUGGUUCCGGAUCAUCUGCAACGAGUUCCUCUUCGGCUGGUGGGAGACCAUGCAGAACGAGGGCUUCGAGGCCCUUGCCGGCAUGACCAACGACAUCAUUCACCGCAUGUAAGCGCAUGUGUAUGACGAACUUGCACGCGGGACGGGGGCGAUAUUCCCUCUCCCUCUCUCUCCCUCUCCCCCUCCCCGCGCAGGACACACGUACACAUACUCACAGACUCCACUCUGAGAGAUGCGCGAGACUGGACAUCCUUCCCCGCCCCUGCCAUAUCUCCGCCAUGCGCUUUCCCUCUCGUGUGCACGUGGUGUCCCCCUCCCCCCCCCCUCUGUCGCGAAUAGACACCCUCUCUUUUGUA